CAAUAAGGAAGAGAAAGGAAAACUCUCCAGCCCAUCCCGUGUUGCUCAAAAUCACUGAAAGAACAGGCGGACUGAUGGAAGCACUUUCGCUUAGGAAAAUUGAAAAUUGGAUACAUUUCUUUUGAGCCAGGACCAGUGCCCUUUAUCCUGCUGCAAGACCAUGGAAGACACUCAGAGGCCACGGAGCUGCAAACAGGGAAUCCUCCAAUGCCUCAUCGUGAUGUUUGCUUGGAAAGCAGUUUCUGGGCAGAUCCACUAUUCCAUUCCUGAAGAGGUGCAUAAAGGCUCUUUUGUGGGGAAUAUUGCAAAGGAUCUGAGAAUGGAUGGCAAGCAGCUUUCAGACCACGGACUUCGCAUUGUUCCCAAUGUAGGUAUGAUUCAGUAUUUUGCUUUGAAUGUCAACAAUGGCCACUUGCAAACCUCUGAGAGAAUUGACAGAGAGAAAAUCUGUGGAGAGGUAGAGAAAUGCAUUUUAACGUUCCAGGUUCUUCUUGAAAGUAAAUUAAAGCUUUAUGGAGUUGAAGUAGAAAUCACAGACUUAAAUGAUAAUGCUCCCCACUUCCCUGUAGGAGAACAGGAGCUGGAGAUCAGCGAGGGAUCUUUACCCGGAUUUCUGGUCUCUCUUCCUGAAGCGCAAGAUCCAGACCUGGGGAUAAAUUCUAUACAGAGUUACCAACUCACAGGCAGUGGCCAUUUUUCUCUGGAUGUGCAGAUAGGACCAAAUGGUAUCAGAAAUACUGAGCUUGUAUUGGAAAAACCUCUGGACAGAGAGGAGCAGUCAGCUUAUGAUCUAAUUCUCACAGCUACUGAUGGAGGCGAUCCUGUCCGAUCUGGCACUGCGCAAAUCAAAGUCAAAGUUCUGGAUGCAAAUGACAAUGCACCAGUUUUUACCCAACCUGUCUAUGAAGUGAGUGUCAAAGAGAAUAUUCCUAAAGGAUCCACCAUAGUUACCAUAAGUGCCACUGAUCUAGACGAGGGAAUCAAUGGAGAGGUGAAAUACACCCUCAAAAAUCCGACAGCACUUGAUUUCCCAAUGUUUCUCCUUAAUUCCACAACGGGUGAGAUUACUCUCACAGGCAACCUUGAUUAUGAGGAAUCCUCUUUCUAUGAAUUUGAAGUACAAGCCAAAGAUGGGGGAAGGCUGAGUGCCAGAACCAAAGUUAUAAUCUUCAUUGCAGAUCUGAAUGACAAUGCACCUGAAUUAGCAAUUACCUUUGCCAACAAUGCCAUUCUUGAAAAUUCACCACCCGGAACAGUCAUUGCCAUUUUAAACGUACGAGACAGAGAUUCCGGCGUCAACGGGGAGGUCACAUGCACAGUCCCCAACAACCUCCCUUUCCAGCUGAAGAAGUCAAUUGAUAACUUUUACAGUUUGGUGACACAUGAUGCCCUUGACAGAGAAGAGGUGUCAGCCUUCAAUAUUACUGUCACUGUUAGUGACCAUGGAAUGCCUCCUCUUUCUACGGCCACAGUAAUUGCACUACACAUUUUAGACACAAAUGACAACCCACCGCUUUUUGAAGAACGAGAUUAUACUUUCUACUCGGCUGAGAAUAACCCAAGAGGAUCCCUGAUCUUCUCCUUAAAAGCCAAUGAUGCAGACUGGGAGGAGAAUGCCAGAAUAUUGUAUUCCAUCAUCGAAGACCGGACGAGUAACUCCCUUCUCUCCUCCUACCUGUCCAUUAACUCUGAGACUGGGGUUGUCUAUGCCUUGAGCUCCUUUGAUUAUGAAGACUUUCGAGAGAUCCAGUUCCAGGUCAAGGCUGAGGAUGGAGGCUCCCCACCUCUCAGCUCCAAUGUCUCAGUGACUCUCUUCAUCCUGGACCAGAACGACAAUGCUCCUGAAAUCUUGUACCCCUCCCCUCCCACUGAUGGCUCCACUGGGAUAGAGCUGGCCCCUCGCUCCUCCGAGCCAGGUUACCUGGUCACUAAGGUGGUGGCAGUGGAUGCGGAUGCUGGUCAGAAUGCCUGGCUCUCCUACCAGCUGACCAAGGCCACUGAGCCAGGGCUCUUCACCGUGGGACUCCACACUGGAGAGAUCAGGACAGCUCGUUUUUUUCUGGAGAAAGACACCCUUAAGCAAACGCUUGUGGUGUUAGUGAAGGACAAUGGACAGCCACCCCUUUCUGCCUCAGUCACUGUCACCAUAGUGCUGGCUGACAACAUCCCAGAUAUCCUCUCAGAUCUUAGCAGCAUCUCAGCUCCUGUAGAUCCCCAGUCUGACCUCACCUUCUACCUGGUGCUUGCAGUGGCCUUUGUCUCCUGCCUGUUCUUCACCUUCCUCCUUGCGUUAUUGGCAGUCAGACUUCACAGGUGGAGAACUUCACAGCUGUUUGAUUCAGGGAGUUUGAAAUUCAGUAGUGUCCCUGUCUCACAGUUUGUGGGUAUUGAUGGAGUCCGAGCCUUUCUUCACUCUUACUGCCAUGAGGUUUCUCUGACCGCAGACUCUAGGAAGAGCCAGUUUAAUAUUUCUAAGGCAAAUUAUUCCAAUGCGCUGAGCAAACCUCAGAGUUGUGAGGUAUCUGAUUCUAUGCUAUCCAGUGAAGAUUUAAAUUUGAAAAACGGUGACCCGAUCUUAAUCCAGGUGAGCCAAUGA